AUGGAGAAAUCUCCUGAUUUCCGAAUCCGAAAUAAAUCAACGAACCCGAGGUACGCGUCGCAGUUGUUCAAAAACAACCAGAAGCCUCAACAAAUUGUUGCGAUGUGGCAGUCCCGAAUGAACUCACCGAAAGAAAUAGAAAACCAGCAUGAAUCAGUAAUGGAAUCCCAAGAGUUCAUAGAAAUGAAGACUGAGUUGGAAAAAAUAAGGGAAAUAGAUAGAAAACAAAGAGACGUAAAAAAAAUUUAGCAAAUAGCCCAGGCCAGGGUGCAAAUAGGAAAACAAAAAGCCAUCAUUAAGAAGCUUAAAAGCGAAAAUGAGGAGAUGAAGCAGAGACCUGAACGAAGACGAAUUGACCCUAGGCAGCUUUUAAUUAUACUGCAAACAAAUUUGAUGCAAGAGCAAUACAGAGAAGAAGCAUUUGAGCAAAUGCAGCUUGAAAUGAUGAUAAAUGAGUCAAAUGCUGCUCCAGAAGAUUAUAAUCAAGGCCACUUCCCAGGGCAUGAGCAUUUAGCUCAUAUAGGGCUUCCAGAAGAAGAAAUUGCAGUAUUUUUUAUAUAGAAUAUUCCGGUUGUCCGAAUAGACUCAGAUCAUCUAUGUUCGAUAUGCAUAGAUAGAAUAAAGGCAAACCAUGAUGCAAAAAUCCUUGAGCAAUGCGAACAUAAAUUCCACCCUCAAUGCAUAGAUGAGUGAUUAAGAUCCAAUAGUUAUUGCCCAAUUUGCCUAUCUAUGGUUAUAUAA